GUGACGUCAUACGACUCCGUCAGUCGUUUAGAGAAUCGGGCUCUGCUUUUGUUUCGUUUCCUCUGUACACAUGGCAGGUUAUGUUUGUCUUAGUUUGCAGGUGAUGGUGUGAUCUCUCUGUUGCCAUGAGUACUCUCUUUGCCUGUGAGGACCCAGCCACAUGGAGGACUGUGUAUGGGAAAUAUUGGGAUGUGGUGGAGGCAAAGUCCAAAAGCAAGAAACCUGGAAAGCUGCUGAACCUCGACAAGUGGUACCAAGAGGAGCUGCCUACACUCAUUUCAAGUCGACCUGACAAACAUGUCACUCAAUCAGAGCUGGUGAAACUGAUGGAGUGGAAGCUCACUAGAGGGAAGUUCAGGCCGAGGCUGCAGCAGCUGGUGGCUUCCAACAGUGAGGACACCGUGGAGAAAUGCUCCAGAAAGGCCUUCAGCCUCCUUCCUGAUGUGCAGGCAGCGAUCACAGAGCUCAGCACCCUGAAAGGAGUAGGCCCAGCCACUGCUUCAGCUGUGUUGGCAGCAGGAGCUCCAGAACAGGCUGCAUUCAUGUCCGAUGAAGCCAUGGAGAGUGUACCAGGACUAAAGCCCAUCCAAUACACAGCCAAGCACUACAGUCUGUACUUGGGCAAAAUGGUUGAGUGCACUGAAAAACUAAACAAAGUGGAUCAGCAGCAGGACUGGACGCCCCACAGAGUGGAGUUGUGUUUGUGGGCGUUGACCACAGCCAAACAGCACCAGCUCCCACUUCUAAAGGAAGUUGAUGUGAAGGCCAGCAGUGUGAAGGAGAAGCGCUCAGAUGCCGACACUGACCAGAGACCAACAAAGAAGCUCAAAACAAGAUAAAAAAAAAAUCUUGCACAGUACUUUUUUUACAUUAAACUUGCUUUAUUGUUUGUCAGUUGUUUUUUUUGUCAUUUUCCAAAAUAAU